CCCUGGUCGGGGGGCGGGGCCUGGCUGGAGAGCCGCCAAAUUGAGCAUCUUUUUGGAGAACCGGGGAGCGGAGCUUGGAGAACACCGUGAGGCUGGACCAUCCGGGCCUGAUGAUGUGGCGACCGUCGCUUCUGCUGCUGCUCUUGCUGCUCAGGCCCGGGGCCCAGGGGAAGCCCUCCCCCGAGGCCGGCCCUCACGGCCAGGGAAGGGUGCACCACCAGGCUCCCCUGAGCGAGGCGGCUCACGAUGACGCCCACGGCAACUUCCAGUACGACCACGAGGCUUUCCUGGGACGAGAGGUGGCCAAGGAAUUCGACCAACUCAGCCCAGAAGAAAGCCAAGCCCGUCUGGGGCGCAUCGUGGACCGCAUGGACCACACGCAGCAGCGGCACAUACGGGACUCGGUGAGCGCGGCCUGGCACACGUACGACACGGACGGCGACGGGCGUGUGGGUUGGGAGGAGCUGCGCAAUGCCACCUAUGGCUACUACGCGCCUGGUGAGGAAUUCCAUGAUGUGGAGGACGCAGAGACCUACAAGAAGAUGCUGGCGCGCGACGAGCGGCGUUUCCGGGUGGCGGACCAGGAUGGGGACUCGAUGGCCACCCGGGAGGAGCUGACAGCCUUCCUGCACCCGGAGGAGUUCCCUCACAUGCGGGACAUCGUGGUGGCUGAAACCCUGGAGGACCUGGACAAGAACAAAGAUGGCUACAUCCAAGUGGACGAGUAUAUCGCGGACCUGUACUCGGCGGAGGCCGGGGAAGAGGAGCCGGCCUGGGUGCAGACGGAGCGGGAGCAGUUCCGGGACUUCCGGGACCUGAACCACGACGGGCGGCUGGACGGCAGUGAGGUGGGCCACUGGGUGCUGCCCCCCGCCCAGGACCAGCCGCUGGUGGAGGCCAACCACUUGCUGCAGGAGAGUGACACGGACAAGGACGGGCGUCUGAGUAAGGCCGAGAUCCUGGGCAACUGGAACAUGUUUGUGGGCAGCCAGGCCACCAACUACGGCGAGGACCUCACACGGCACCACGACGAGCUCUGAGCCGCGGCGCCCCCCGCAGCCUCUGGCCGUGGGAUGA